AUGAACUCGCGGUCGCUCCGACGCCUCGCCGGCGACCACGCCACGCUGCACGCCGACCUACCGCCCAACUAUCUUUUCGCCCCGCACACCGACUCCUCGGACGACCUGACGCAGCUAGAUGUGCUGCUGGCGGGACCGGAAGGUACGCCGUACGCGGCGGGCGUGUACCGGCUCCACCUGGAGAUGCCGGCGACAUACCCAUCUGCGCCACCGACGGCGCACUUCCGCACGCGCAUCUGGCACCCCAAUGUCGAAGAGACGACGGGAGCCGUGUGCGUCGAUACGCUCAAGCGCGACUGGCAGGCCGGGCUGACGCUGCGCGACGUGCUCGUCACCAUCAGCUGCCUGCUCAUCCAGCCCAACCCCGCCAGCGCGCUCAACGCCGAGGCCGGCGCGUUGCUGCAGGAGGACUGGGACGCAUUCUGCCGCCGGGCGCGGUUGAUGACGGGCAUCCAUGCGCAGGUGCCGAGAGAGCUGCGGCAGUCGGUGGAGGAGGCGAAGGCCCGGGGGGAGGAGAAGUUGGAGGAGAGGAGCGACGCGGAGAAGGAUGCCGCGCAGAGCGACAUGGCGGCCGAGGAGCAGCAACGGGCAUGGGGAAAGGGAAAGGGGAGGAGGAGCACCAAGGGCAAAUCAAAACCGACGCAGAAGGCGUCGGUGGCUGCAGCAGCGGAGAUGGAGGAAAACGUCGGAUCGAGGCGCGAGUCGGACGACUGGAUACCGGCACCGGCCAGCCUCUCAACACCGGCGCCGCCGGCCAUCAACACUGCGGGCACGUCGGCAGCGGCUGGCUCGUUCGAGAUGCCGAGCACUCCUCUCGCCAGCAUACAGACGCCCGGCACUGCAAAUGCACCUGUGCGCAUCACCAGGCAUACCGCUGCCAGUCUUGCUCAGCAAGCCACGUAUCAAACCCCACAGCUCGCGGUUCAGUCAUCGCAUAGCCCGGAGCGGCCCUCCUCCAGCUCGUCUUCGCACGGAUCGCUCAAUGGCCGCUUAAACACUUUGUCCUUCGGUUGGGCGCCAGAGAAGGCUGCUGGGGCGCCGAGAUUCUCGCCAGAAGCGGCGCGUAGGGAACGGCAUGAGAUGCGGCGCUUCAAAGCUGCAGGGUAUUGUUUGAAGAGGUACAACCGUGGGGCCUUUGGACCUCGUAGAGGGCUGAAGAGAUUGUAA